AUGGUCGGAAUUAGAGAUAAGUUGACAAUUGAAAUUGUUGAACAUAACAAUGAAGUUUUUCCAAUAUUAAUUCGUGAUAUUGGAGUAAAUUUAAAAUCAGAAGAAGAUGUUGCUUUAGUCAGAUUUGAUAGUUACGCUGAUUUACUUGUACCAUUAAAAGUACCAGCGGAUGAAAUACAAACAUUAGAUCAUCUUAUUGAUUCAAUAAACAAUCAAUGUUGGAUACUUCCAGCUGUUUAUCGAGGAUAUAUAACGAAAAUCUUUUGGUUUAAACCACCAUGGGCUCACCAAUUUCAAGAUGGCAAAUAUAGUUUACAAGUUGGUAAAUGUCAAGAAACAGGAGUAUUAAAAAUUGUUUCAACAAAUCCAUAUUUUACAUCGAAUUGUGUUUAUUCAUCAGAUGAUAAACUUUCGAAUAUACGUACAGUUGAUAUUUAUGUAUCAACAGCUGGUUUAGCAAAAAAUUAUUCCACAAUUAUAGAAAAACCUCAUCCACCAAUCUAUGAUAAUGAUAGUGGAAGUGAAAGUCUUGAUGCUGAUAAAAGAAAAAAAGGAAAAGUAUCUGGAAAUGAUAUUAAUCAUAAAGAUGAUCCUACAAUACGACGAGUCUAUCCACUUGAUGCAACAUUAAUUGAUCAAUUACUUGAAACAAGACAAUUUAUGAUUGAUGUUGAUUUAUCAUUUUUUUCUACGGAUGAUUUUAUACGUAAACAAUUAGAUGAAAAUGAAUAUGAAAUUCUUCGUUAUGUUUACACACGUAUUGUACAUGAUCAUUCAGAUUUAGAAAUUCAACGAUAUAUAACAGCACGUGAAAGUGCCUUAGAACAAAUUCGUACAUUAAUGAAUGAAUAUUUAACUAGUCCAAAAUUAGAACAACCAGUACUUAUUGAUAAUCCUUAUCUAUCAGCAUUAAUCUCUAUUAUUCGUUAUAAAAAAUUAGAUUGGAAAGCAAUUCAUAACUAUGGUAUGCAUUUAUCUGAUACAAGACCACCAUUACAUGUAUCAUCAGAAGAAAUGGUUAUUUAUUUAACUGAAGCAAUGGCUAAAAUUUUACAAUCAAUUAAAAAAGAUCCUGUACUCAUUACUAUUUCAAGAUGUGUUGAUGAUGGUCAUUGUUCAUUAGAACAAGCGGAUUUAAUUCAACAAUAUGUUGAAAAAAAACUUCAAAAAUUAUAUAAAAUUGAUGAAACUAUUGGAAAAAGUUUAUUAACAAAUGAUGAAUAUGAUGAUGAAGAAAUAAAAGAUCGAAAAUCUAUGAUUAUAUCUGAUGAUGAUGAAAAUAGUCAUUCACCAACAAAUGGUAUAACAAAUCGAGCACCAAUUACUAAUGAAAGACCGAUUGGUACUGAUACGAUAAAUGCUAGUAAACAUAUAUCAUUAAAAAAAGAUAAUGAUACUGCUUUAUCACCAGCAUUAGAUGCAAAUAAUACAAAUUCACCAUCACCACUUGUUCCAUCACCAUCCAGAGAACAUUUAUCACCUGGUGAAAUAACUAAAACAAUGUCACCAUCAUCGCUUUCUGAAGCAUCUCCUACAUUAGAUUAG